UCUCUCAAGAACAGUGCAACGAUUCUUCUCUGAUUCAUCCUAGAUUUCUCUUUGGAAGAUGUAAUUUCGCUUUCGGGUGAAGAAUCGAUCGGGCAUUGUCGUCUUCUUCGCUUCAGUUUUUCUUUGUUUAUGUACAUUUCGCUUCAGUUUUCACAGUGCGAGUGAAGACUCGAUCGGUAUUUUGUCGUCGUCUACACAGAUUUGCGAUGAUUGGUGCUUGAUCGCCUUCACGUCUCACGAUUGUGAAGUAAGUUCGUCUGCUUCAAUAAAAUGAUCAUUGGUUAUCUACUUCGCGAAUUGUGGUGAGUUGAUGUUGGAGUCAAGUCGUUGAAGGUUCCAAUAGAAAUCGAGAUUUUCUGGGUAGUGAGAAUAGUUGUUUUAGGGUUUGCGAAAAGUAUGCAGAAAACUAGAAUCACCGAUCUACCAGACGACAUUAUUAGCUAUAUCUUAUCCUUCCUUACGGCAAAGCAAGCUGCGCACGCACAGAUAGCCGCAAAGAAAUGGCGGAAUCUGAUUAGCAUCAUACCGAAUCGGGAAUUUUUUGUACCCAAGUCCAAGAUUAGCGGAAGUUUGAAUGAUUUCGUUAAGGAAUUAUUGUCUCUACACGCCAAUCACCGUCUAAGAAGAUUCUCUCUGAAAUUGCCAGAUGAGGGUAAUCGUCCUUAUUAUAAUCCUGUCAAUUAUUGUCUACGCAAUGUUGUGAAGCGCGGUGUCUUUGAUCUUGAGUUGGACAUUAAUGCUAAAGAAAACUAUCCACUGCCUUUGGAGGUCUUCACUUGCAAGAGCGUUGUGACACUGAAACUAGGGUCUGGUUUUGUUAUUGACGCCAUCCCUCAGGAUAUUUCGCUUCCAGCUCUUAAGACUCUCAUUCUUGAUUCAGUCCGGUUUGAUAGUCUUGAUGGUCGUUGUGUGUUCCAGAGGAUUCUUUCUGCUUGCCUUGUGCUUGAGGAGUUAAUCAUCGAUGGGCGUAGCAGUGAUCAAUGGAAUUGGUCUCGCACUGUGUCUAGCCAGAACCUUAAGAGACUUACUAUUCGGCGUAUAGGAUGGUACGAUGAUGACGACAAAACUAAUUCUGAGCCUAUUAGUUUUGAUACUCCGAGUCUUGAAUACUUGGAAUACCACGAUGUUCUUCGAGAUGGGUAUCCAGUUGUUAAUUUCAACUCCCUUGUUGAAGCUAGGCUCAAGCUUCCUCUUAUUUUCCAAGGGGAUGGUUAUGAUCUUACAAAUCUGAUUCAGGGGUUAAGAAAUGUCCAGAUUCUGAGGUGUGUCCAUGUCCACACGAUGAUGCUGUUUCAUUCCUUCAGCGAAGCAAUCCCAUGGUUUGAACACCUGUUUCAUUUAGUAGUUAGAACUGACGACUAUAUCUGCUGGGUUCCUCUGAGGAAUGUGCUUGAGAAAUCUCCAAAACUUAGGACACUCACCAUUGAGGGCUGUUUGCACUUUACUCAUCAAGAAGAUCCGGGAUUAGGAUCUGUUUGCCCUUGCUUGUCAGGGUAUUCUUUUCUCAUGUUAUGCCCUAUUGAGACCUUAAAGAUAACAGAGUUCGAAGGAGAUGUUGAUGGUAUGGUGCACAUAAAGCUUGUCUUGGAGAAUUUGCCGUGUCUUGAGCUGUUGGAACUUCAUGUUCAAGCAAGAACAGAUAGAAAGCUCCAGAUCAUUUCGGAUCUCCUAAUGCUUCCCAGAGCUUCUUCAAAAUGAAAAUUCCACUUCAAAUUCUAAUCUUGUUGCGUCCACAUGAACUUCCAUUUCUGAUCUGAGAAACAAACUUGCAUCCCCUUUUCCUUUUGGGGUAUCUUUCGUAUCUGAUGAUAUUGUUCUGAAUCGAACACAUCCAUAUAUGGUUAGUGUGUCGUUUUUUGGCAGGAGAGGAUUUAGUUGAGUUUUUUGUGACAAGUAAUUUGUUUUGAUGUCUUCUUUUUAAGCGCCUCUUAAUCA